GCUGGCUUUUAUUUUGAAGGUUUUGUCAUUGCUAUAGGAAAAUGAUGUCAUAAUUUGUGCUGCUGGCAGAAUAGUAGUGCAGAGGUUAGAAAAGGGAAACAAUACAGUUGUCGUCAUCAUGGCAGACCCUUGGAAAGAGUGCAUGGACCACUGCCUUGAGGUGACCAAAGAGGCUGGGAAGAUGAUCCAAGAAGCGUUGCAGAAGGACAUCUCCAUCAUGCAGAAGAGCUCCCCUGUGGACCUGGUCACUGAGACCGACCAGAAGGUGGAGCAACUCAUCAUCUCCUCCAUCAAGGAGAAGUUCCCCACACACAGUUUUAUAGGUGAAGAGUCUGUAGCGGCGGGAGCAACCAGCAACCUAACUGACAAUCCCACCUGGAUCAUUGACCCCAUUGAUGGGACCACCAACUUUGUCCACAGAUUCCCCUUUGUCUCUAUGUCGAUUGGUUUUGCUGUGAAGAAAGAGAUAGAGUUUGGCAUUGUCUACAGCUGCCAAGAGGACAAGAUGUACACAGCACGGAAGGGGAAAGGGUCAUUCUGUAAUGGAGAACCCAUCAAAGUGUCUGGGCAGGAAGACAUCACCAAGUCCUUGGUCCUGACAGAGAUGGGCUUUAAGAAGGAUCCAGAGCACUUCAAAACCAUGAUGGGAAACAUCGAGACAAUCCUCACCAUCCCUGUACACGGCAUCCGCUCGCCGGGCAGUGCGGCAGUCAACAUGUGCCUGGUGGCGUGCGGUGCGGCUGAUGCCUACUACCACAUGGGCAUCCACUGCUGGGACAUGGCUGGAGGAGCUGCCAUYAUUAGAGAGGCUGGGGGUGUCAUCAUGGACAUCUCAGGAGGCCCAUUUGACCUGAUGUCCAGGAGGCUGAUCAUUGCCAGCAGCAGAACCAUCGCAGAGCGCAUCUCCCAAGUGAUAAAAGCAUUCCCUGUAGGAAGGGAYGACAUCGAGGGAUAGAGUACCAUCACAUGCACGCACAGAGGGAAUGACAGAUGGCUGCAGGUGCCAUCACAUGCACACCCAGCAGGAAGCACCCAGCAGUACACACAUACACACAUUUAGAUGAGUCAGGAUCCUCUCUGUGCCUUAAUUGUUAAACUGGUGGUAUUAACCUUUCUCUGAAUGCACCUCAGUGGAUUUGCGAAAACCUAUCAAUGAAGACCAACUUUAUUCAUUUAAUUGACUGUUUGCCCCUCAAGGGCUUUGACUUUCAUCUCAUUUUUGGGGGGUAUUUAAGUGAGAACAAGAUUAGGAAAUGUGGUCAUUGUAGACCAAGACAUUUUCUGUCUCAAUCAUACACCACAUGGCCAAAGGUAUGUGGACACACCUUCAAAUUUGUGGAUUUGUUUAUUUUAGCCACACUCAUUGCUGACAAGUGUUUAAAAUCAAGCACACAGCCAUGCAAUCUCCAUAGACAAACAUUGGCAGUAAAAUGGCCUUACUGAAGAGCUCAGUGACUUUCAACGUGGCACUGUCAUAGGAUACCAUCUUUCCAAUAAGUUAGUUUGUCAGAUUUCUGCUCUGCUAGAGCUGCCCCGGUCAACUGUAAUUGCUGUUAUUGUGAACCAUUGUGUCUAGGAGCAACAACG